AUGGAUUGGUCUGAAAAGAAUUUAUGCAUAAAAUGCGAUCAAGGCGGGAAUCUGUUGGUGUGCAGUGAAAAUGGCUGCCCAUUGGCUAUUCAUGAAGGAUGUAUGGGCUUCCCAGCUAGAUUUAAUGAUGUUGGCCACUUCUAUUGCCCCUAUUGUUUAUACAAACAAGCUGUUGCAGAGUCACGUCAGGCAAGGGAAUAUGCUCUGGCAAGAAAGAAAGCCUUAUUGGCCUUUAUGGAUGAAGAUGUGAUAGGCAGAGAAAAGCGCUCAGAAUUAAACGAGGGAACUGAAGCUAAUGGGCAUAAUCAAUCGAAAGACAGUGAACCAAACGUAAAUAUUACAGCACGCGGUGGUGAUAAAAUAUCUGGGAACAGUGAUUCCAUUAGGGAACAAUCAAUUGACCUUGGCGAGGAAGAUGAAAUCCGAGGUGAAGAAGAUGGAAAGACUCAAGAAGAGGAUAUUGAAGCUUCUGCUGGCCCCAAAGAUCAAGAACCUUCAGUUCAGAUGCCCGAGGAACAAAAUAUCUGCAGUGGAAAAGAAAUUGAAGCUUCUGCCGGCCCCAAAGAUCAAGAACCUUCAGUUCAGAUGCCCGGGGAACAAAAUAUCUGCAAUGGAGAAGAAAUUGAAGAUGAGGUACAUGAAGUUUCUGCAGCUUCCAGUAGUCAAGAACAAGGGUUCCGGAAUGCAGAAGAAGAAAAUAACGUUGAAGAAGAAUGUGAGACUUCCUAUGAAGUUAGUGAUCAAGACUCACUUCCUUUUAAGGAAAGAGCCAAGAGAGCAUUAAAAAGUAGAAAAUCAAUAAGCUCGUAUUCUGAAACGGUAUCGGUGGCAAGUAAGCAUGAUGAACAAAAUGAUAAAUAUAGGCAAACAUCGCCAAAUAUGAACACUCCAAGGAGAUCUUCAAGGAGGCUGUCUUCUGCUUCGAGAGCGAAAGAAGCUAUAAAUAAAAAGAUUGAGGUUUCAAAAGGGUUGAAAAAACCUGGAAAAGUUGAUGUUUCAAAAAGGCUGAAAAAACCUGAACUGCCCAUUAUGAAACUUGGGAAACGUAAGAGAUUAGUAUGGAGUGAGGAAGAAGAGGAGAUGCUCAAGGCAGGAGUAGACAAACAUUUGAAGGGGCCAAGCAAAAAUCUUCCUUGGAAAGAAAUCUUGGAGAUGGGUCGCAAUGUGUUCGAUAGAACUCGUACUCCAUGUGAUCUUAAGUAUAAAUGGAAGAGCAUGAUCAGGCAUAAGAAUUGA